AUGUCUUUUUAUGUUGCAACAAUACAAUUUGAUUGGUAUAGAAGAAAGAAAGCAGAUAGACUCUACAAUAAGAAUGCCAAGAUUCUAUUUCUUGGAUUAGAUAAUGCCGGUAAGACUACAUUGUUAGGUGUUUUGAAAGAUGGUCGUCUUUCACAAAAUCGUCCAACUUUCCAUCCAAAAAUGCCAGUAAACAUCUCUCAAACUUACGAUCUCGGUGGUCACGAGACAGCUCGUAGAUUAUGGAAAGAUUAUUAUACUUCAGUCGAUGCCAUCGUUUUCAUGGUUGACUCAUCUGCACCACAAAGAUUCGAAGAAUCAAAGAGAGAACUCGACGCACUUCUCUCCUCUGAUGAACUCUCAAAUGUACCAUUCCUCAUUCUCGGUAAUAAAAUCGAUAUCGCCGGAACAUCUGAAGAAAAGUUUAGAGCAUCAAUGGGAUUGACCCAGACCACAGGCAAAGACAAAGUUCCACUCAACCCAGGUGUUAGACCAAUCGAAGUUUUCAUGUGUAGUGUAGUUAGAAGAUUUGGUUAUGGUGACGGAUUCAGAUGGUUAUCAAACUAUAUCAAUUAG